ACCUACAAGACAAGGAAGAAAUAAAACAAAGAAGAAACCAAAUAAGUCAUCGAGGGUGGUGCUGAUGAGAGAAAGAAAACCACAAUCAGAUGAUAUGAAAUCUACCUCAUACUUUAUCCCAAAAUAUAGACUGCAAAAGCCACCUAUCGAGGAUACAUCGCAAUCAGAAGGACUGCCAUUGCCAUCAGAAAGUGAAAAGAAACUGAUAGAAAAGAAAUCUGAGAAAGAAAACCAGAAGGCUAACACUUUGAAGAAUGAGCCAAUGGUAAAAGACAAGAAGAAAAUUGGCAAUAGAAAAUUGUCUAUCAGAUCAUGA